CCGUGGGCGCUCUUCCUGCUCUGCCCAGGUGGCAUUCCCUCACUGAGGCCUCAGAGGUGACCGUAGAGGACUGGCGAUUCCAUGAGCCCUGGAGGCCUGGAGAAGACGCUUUUUCGGGAUCCCCUGCACUGAACCGGUCUGGAGCACACACCCCUGAGAAGCAGCGGAGGUGGGGGGCUCCCGGUCCCUGAGAACCCUGUCUGCACAGAAUGCUGAUGGAGCUGGGGGCAUGCGGGGCCCUCCUCUCAAGGGAUAGCAGGUUCCUUCUGGACCUAUAGGGCGCCGCCCCAGUCUAGCCACCAUGGCGCAUGGUUUCGCAGUAGGCUUCGACCCACUGGGACUCGGAGACCUGAGCUCCGGCUCUCUGAGCUCCCUCUCCUCCCGAGGCCACCUGGGCAGCGAGUCGGGCUCGGCAACGCGAUACCUGCUGAGGAAGCAACAGCGGCUGCUGAAUGGGCCCCGCCACGGAAUUCGAGCCUCAUCGCCCAUGGGCCGCGUCAUCCUCAUCAACUCCCCCAUCGAAGCCAACAGUGACGAAAGCGACAUCAUCCACGCAGUCCGAGUGGAGAAGAGUCCAGCCGGGAGGCUGGGGUUCAGUGUGCGGGGAGGCUCUGAGCACGGCCUGGGCAUCUUCGUCAGCAAAGUGGAGGAGGGGAGCAGUGCAGAGCGGGCUGGCCUGUGUGUAGGGGACAAGAUCACAGAGGUGAACGGACUGAGCCUGGAGAGCACCACGAUGGGCAGUGCCGUGAAGGUGCUGACGGGCAGCAGCCGCCUGCAUAUGAUGGUGAGGCGCAUGGGCCGUGUGCCGGGCAUCAAAUUCUCCAAGGAGAAGACCACGUGGGUGGAUGUGGUCAAUCGACGGCUGGUCGUGGAAAAGUGCAGCUCAACACUGUCCAACAGCAGCUCAGAGGAUGGUGUGCAGCGCAUCAUCCACCUCUACACGACCUCUGACGACUUCUGCCUGGGCUUCAACAUCCGUGGGGGCAAGGAGUUUGGCCUGGGCAUCUAUGUGUCCAAGGUGGAUCACGGUGGACUGGCCGAGGAGAACGGCAUCAAGGUGGGGGACCAGGUCCUGGCGGCCAAUGGUGUCAGGUUUGACGACAUCAGCCACAGCCAGGCCGUAGAGGUGCUGAAGGGCCAAACACACAUCAUGUUGACCAUCAAGGAGACUGGCCGGUAUCCUGCCUACAAGGAGAUGGUUUCUGAGUACUGUUGGCUGGAUCGACUGAACAACGGGGUGCUGCAGCAGCUGUCCCCCGCCUCUGAGAGCAGCUCCAGCGUCUCCUCAUUCGCCUCCAGUGCCCCCUACAGCUCUGCCGAGGGCUCAGGCUCCCUGCCCUUGGACCGCAUGGAUGUCUGCCUGGGGCCUGAGGGGCCAGGCAGCCAGGGUCCAGGCUGGGGGCGGGCAGACACAGCCAUGCAGACCGAGCCCGACGUGGGGGGCCGUGUGGAGACCUGGUGCAGCGUGCGGCCCACAGUCAUCCUCAGGGACACAGCCAUCCGCUCUGACGGCCCCCUGCCUACCCGCCGCCUGAACUCUGCACACUCUGAGUCCCCCAAAACUGCUCUGCUACUGGCCCUCAGCCGACCCCGGCCCCCCAUCACACGCUCACAGAGCCACCUGACCUUGUGGGAGGAGAAGAAGCAACGGAGGAAGGAGAAGUCGGGGUCCCCUGGGGAUAAGGGGGCCCUGCAGCGCUCCAAGACCCUGAUGAACCUCUUCUUCAAAGGAGGGUGGCAGGGGCACCUGUCAGGGGAUGGGCGCAGAGAGGCCUGGACGCUGGACAGCGGGAGCCCCACUAAGCCCCGCCCCCGCCUGGACCUGGAGAAAGCAGGGGGAGUGGGACCUGUGCAGAAGUUUGUCACCUGGAGACUGAGACGCGACCGGGAGAGGGGCCAGGCCCUGCUUUCUGCCAGGUCUGGGAGCCCCUCUAGCCAGCUUCCCAGUGUGGAUGAGCGGGUACAAGCCUGGGAGAGCCGCCGGCCUCUGAUUCAGGACCUGGCCCGAAGGCUGCUUACUGACGACGAGGUGCUGGCGGUCACCCGCCACUGUUCCCGGUACGUGCAUGAGGGCGGUGUGGAGGACCUGGUGAGGCCCCUGCUGGCCAUUCUGGACAGGCCUGCAAAGCUGCUGCUGCUGAGGGACAUCAGGAGUGUGGUGGCCCCCACGGACCUGGGCCGCUUCGACAGCAUGGUGAUGCCUGUGGAGCUGGAGGCUUUUGAGGCCCUCAAGAGCCGCACAGUACGGCCUCCUGCCUUGCGACCAGCCCGCCAGGACACACCGCCUAAGCGUCACCUCAUCACCCCUGUGCCUGACAGUCGUGGAGGCUUCUACCUGCUUCCUGCAAACGGCUUCUUGGAGGAGGAAGAUGAUGGGGAGCUGAGGGAGCGGCUGGGAGUCCUCCAGAUCUCCCUGGGUGCCUCUGCCCCCCACCACCCUCAUAAAGGCGUCCCCCCUCUCCAAGAUGUGCCAGUAAAUGCUUUUGCCCCACACCGAAGCACCUGCACACCCCCUCCCCAGCCACCCCCCAUUGCUCCCCAGCCCCCGAGGCCUAACUGGCUGCUGACAGAACCCUUGACCCUCGAGGACCCUCAGCAGAACUGGAGCCAGGGCCCAAGCCAGAGCCGGAGCCGCAGCUGCAGCCGCAGCCGCAGCCGCAGCCGCAGCCAGGGCAGAGGCAAGUCCCCUGGACGCGGGCGUUCCCCAUCCCCGGCGCCUGCCUCCACUCCCAGCAUGGCCAAUGGGCGCUGCCACAAGCCUCGGAAAACCAGGCCCCCUCUGCCACGACCUGUGGAUGGGCAUGUGGCCAAGGCAGGGGGCAGGCAAGGGCCCUCUGAGAAUGGAACUGCGGGGACAGCCGAGAAGGCAGCCACGAAGGCCCCUAGUGGGGAGCUGAGGACCGUCACACUGUCCAAGAUGAAACAGUCCUUGGGCAUCAGCAUUUCUGGGGGCAUUGAGUCCAAGGUGCAGCCCAUGGUGAAGAUAGAAAAGAUCUUUCCUGGGGGCGCCGCCUUCCUCAGUGGGGCCCUUCAGGCUGGCUUCGAGCUUGUGGCCGUGGAUGGAGAGAGCCUGGAGCAGGUGACCCACCAGCGGGCAGUAGACACUAUCCGCCGGGCUUACCGCAACAAGGCUCAGGAGCCCAUGGAGCUUGUGGUCAGGGUCCCCAGGCCUGAGCCACUACCCUUACCCCCUGCCUCAAACCUCACUGAUCAGCAGCUUCCUGCUGACCAUUCCCCAGCACGCUGACCCCUUGAUGGUACUCCAGUUGCCUCCCACUGGCUCCCAGAACCUCCCAUUAAUGCCCUUCCCAUCCAUACCCAGAGCCCUCCCACCGCCAGACUUCUCCAGCUGACCCCUAGCCCAGUCCUCUCCAGUCCUCCUGAUUCUAAUCCCAGACUCUUCCCAGCUAUUCCUUAACUCUUCCCACUCACCCCAGAGAAUCCUCCUGCCAUCCUUUACUAACCUCCUCAGGACUCAGGAACCUCCCACUCCUGCUUGCCUUGCCUACUCCCCAAGCUCCACACUGGUGGCUCAGAUCCCCUGCCCCCACCUUCCUCCCUCCCCAGUUGUCACUAAGGCUCUGCCCAUUCCAGAUAAACUUGGUGUCAAGGACAAGGUGCUACUGGGCAGCCUGUGACACCCACCCACUGCCCCUAACCUCCCAAGAAAGGAACAGGGUGGAGACACCCAAGGUCUGGAGCUUGAGAUUGGUGUGCAAUUUCUCCUGAUUCCCCCAAGCAGUGAGGGACAGGGACUCUCAGAUGGGGCCCUCAAGGGGUCACUGCACCCAACCCCAAGCCCCAAGCCCCAAGCAGCACAAGGGACAGUAUGGGAGGCUUAUCUAGUUUCUCAAACUCCAAGAGACCAUUAUGUUGUGGUCCACUAGGACCUCAGACUUUCUACUGGGUUUAUCCUUCCCCCAACACCUUUUCUCCCCUUAAGAUCUCUACGAGGGUUAGGGAUAUAGCCAGCAAAUAAAGAGGGUGUGAAGGGUCACACAAGUUCCCAUAAUCUUGAUCCAGCACAUUCAUCUUUUUUUAAAAACAAGAUUUUUUAAUUUUGUCUUUGGGUUUGUACAAGAAAUUUACAAUGUGAAAAAUAUACAAGUGAAAACGAGGCCAUAAACCUGGGUGUGGGAAGGGGCCACUUGGUCACAAACACAAAUAAACGAGACAUUUCUGA